AUGUCGUCAACCGCUUCUAAGGCUGGAUCCAACGUCCUCCGGUACUCGGCCCUCGGCGCCGGUAUCUUCUACGGCUUCACUCACCAGAGGUCUAUCAGCGCCGCUGAGAAGACCGCUGCUGCCCAGCGCGAGUACGAGCACAAGCAGGAGCUAAUAAACAAGGCUAAGGAGGCCUACGCCAAGUCCAAGCAGCCCGUCUCCGCCGUCUCUGCUCCUAGCGGACUCAACCAGGACCCCAUGAGCCCCAACUUCGAUAUCGAGGCCUACUUCAGCGCGCUUCUCGCCAAGGCCUAA